AAUAUUGCAAACACACAUUAAAGUGUACUUUUUGAGAUAACUCUAAUAAAAUCUAUUUUCAUGUGACAUUUUAAAGUAAGCUAACAUGCCAUCUAGGUGUAACAAAUGGACACUGGGACAGAAGGCAAGCGCAAGUUUAUUAGAGGAGUUAAAGGAGAUUAAGGGAGAGAUGCAGAGGUGGUGGUGGUGAACUGUUGUAGCUGGUUCUGGUGGGACAAAUGGGAUGGGGAUUUCCAGAGCCAUCGGUGGGGUGACCAGGGGGACAGACAUGUUGCACACACUUCAGGGUACACACAGGAGAGGGGAACUCGGAGAAUGGAAUGCUGGAGACACUCAGGAGAGACACAGGGAUCUAGGAGAGGAAUCAAUGAUCGGUAAGUAACAAGGUUUGUAUAGAGUGUGUACAAGUAGCCUUACAACAGGAUAGGUUCUGCUGUGCAGCUACGAUAUCGGAGGGUUAGUGUGACAGGUGUGUGGAGGUGAGCUGAUGAGGUAAUGGUGCACAGGUGCUGAACAUCCCAACGGCGUGGUGGUCUCCCUCUGCCCCGAGGGGAUGGAUGAUCUGGAUGGGCCGUGUGGAAUUCCUCCAGGAGUGUGGGAUCAAGAAUGUCAUUUCUCGGGACGCAGGAUCGUUCCUCCAGGCCGUAUCCUUCCCAGUCAACUAGGUAUUCGAGCUUACCACCACGCCUCCGGGAUUCCAGGAUUUUCUAGACCUUAUAGAUGGUUCCUUCUUUCAGGAGUAAUGGGAGAGGGGGUUCCUCUUUCCGGUCAGGCUCUGUGGAAACAGGAGGGUGACGGGGACUCUUGGAGAUGGUGCACUCGGUGCAACCAUGGACAAAUCUUCUGACAUCUGCUGCCAUAUUGGGCCACCAUAAGCGGUCUUUGAGCAGCGAGAGAGUUGCGUCAGCCACAGGUGGCCAGUAUCUAAGGAUGUAUGGGUGGUCAGAAUGAGAGCAGUGCAUUGGUUACGUGGGACAUACCAACAUCCUGGUGGGCAGCCCGGCAGAGUAGCAGGAAGGACUUCCACGGCGACUGGCGGUGAGGACCACUGAAUGGGGCUGGAAAUAAGUUGAGUGGCUUUUAUGUUCUCGGGUUCUUCCGCAUCUUCCUCAGGACCAUGGAGACGGGACAGGGCAUCUGCCUUGAUGUUUCGAGGUCCAGGUCUGUAAGAGAUUUAGAAAUUGAAUCUGGUGAAGAAGAGUGCUCAUCCAGCUUGGUGGGGAUUAAGCCGUUUAGCUUCUAUGAGAUACUGUAAGUUCUUAUGGUCCGUGAGGACAGUAAAUGGAUGAGCCGCCCCCUUGAGCCAGUGUAACCAUUCCUCCAGUGCUAGUUUAAUGGCCAGUUACUUAUGGUUUCCUAUGUCAUAAUUUUUCUCCGCCAGGCUGAGCUUCUUGAAGAAGGCACAUGGAUGGAGUCGAGGAGGAGAGCCUUGCCGCUGGGAGAGAACCACUCCCACUCCAGUGGCGGAGGCAUCCACUUCAACCACAAAAGGGAGUUCAGGGCCCAGCUGUACCAGGAGGGAUUUGUAGUGAAAGCCCGUUUUAGGGUGGUGAAAGCUUCGGUGGCAACUGGAGUCCAGGACAAAGACUUGGGCUUGUCACGGAGGAGGUUGUUUCUGGGAUUGGUGAUGGUACUGUAAUCUUUGAAUCACUGGUAGAAGUUUGCGAAUCCUAGGAAGCUUUGGAGCUCUUCGAUGGUAGAGGGUUGUGGCCAGUUGGUAAUGGUUUCAAUCUUCCCCUCGUCCAUGUGGAUACCAGUUUCAUUAAUGAUGUAACCCAGGAAAUGAACGGAGGACUGAUAGAAUGUAAAUUUUUCAGCUUUGAGGGAGAGGUGGAAUUCUCAAAGUCUUAAGAGGACAUAUCUUACAUGCACGCGAUGUUCGGCGAAGCUCCGGGAGUAAAUCAGGAUGUCAUUAAUGUAUACAAUCCUGAAGCAGUUGAGAUACUCCCGGAGCACUGCGUGCAUGAAGUCUUGAAAGAUGGAGGGGGUGUUGACAAGCCUGUACGGCAUGACCCGGUAUUCGUAGUGGCCAGUUGGGGUCACAAAUGCUGUCUUCCACUCUUCUCCCUCAAGAAUGUGGAUGAGAUUAUAAGCACUGCAAAGGUCUAGUUUAGUGAAUACGGUGGCUCCUCUGAGUUGUUCUAGGGUGGCUGGGACAGUGGGAAGAGGAUAUUGGAACUUGAUGGUGAUUUGAUUAAGUGCUCAAUAAUCUAUGCAAGGCCGUAAGCCUCCAUCCUUCUUCGCCAUGAAGUUUGAGGCGGCAGGGCAGUUGGAUGGUACAAUAUAACCUUGUUUGAGGGCUUCCUCUACAUUCUUCUCCAUGGCCUUUUGUUCGGGCAAAGAUACAGGAUACAUUUUCUCACGAGGCACUGGCUCACCCGGGAUCAGAUCAAUGGCACAAUCCCAGGGGCAGUGAGGAGGUAGUUGUGAGGCUUUUUGAGGACAGAAGACAUCGUGGAAUUCCUGGUAACACUCAGGGAUAUUGAUCGACCUUUCAAAGGUAAGGUUUCUGAAGGAGACUUCAGGGGAGCUGGACGAUUGGGGAAGCAGGAUGGAAAACAUUGGUCACCCCACUGUAGGAUUUCUCCUGACGACCAGGAAAUGAUGGGGUUGUGCUGCACCAGCCAGGGACAACCCAGAAUGAAAUCAGCAGUUAAACCUUCCAGGACUAGGAGAUUGAUUUGAUUCGGUGUGCAGAAUGUCAAUUAGAGGGGACCCACGCUGAACUGCACAUUCCUUUAACUCAAGGGUUUGGCUGUGAUCAAGACUAUUUGGUAGGUGGUUUCUGUAUUGGUGGUCGGUAGGUGGAGCUGGUGGCAGUGGUCCCGGCUGAUAUGAAGUUCCCGGCUGAUCCCGAGUUGAGGAAGGCAGUAACUGGAAUAGUGUCGUGAGCAGCAGUAAGUUGAGCAGUAGUGGUGAGUGGGGCAUCUUAAUUGGUGUUAGUUUUAAGUACUAUCCACGGGAUGUGGAGGACGAAGGGGACGGUUGAGGAUAUGAUGGCCACUCAUUCCAUAGUAAAGGCAUAAGCCGUGGGACAUUCUUCUUGACAUUCUUGGGGGAUCAGCCGAUUGGAAUCGGUCUGCAUAGGUUCUGGAUCGGUCUCAGGAGGGUUCUGGUUGUCGGCACGGUGGGAACAGGCUGUUGGGCUGGCUGGUGAGCACUCAUGGAGGCAGGAUUGAAUGCGAUUUUGCACAUAUGGUGGCUUGCUGAAUAAAGUUUUUAAGGCCUUGUGAAUCGUCGAACGAUGCCAUUUGGAGACAGAGUCUGGGUUCCAGUCCCUGAUGGAAGGCGGUGAUGAGCGAAGCCUUGAGAAGACACUUGAGAGAGACGCUGGAGAGACACAGGGAUCUAGGAGAGGUAUCAAUGAUCGAAAAGUCUUCUAUGGAUCCUUUAAAUGAAACUUAGUAGAUAUAUCUUGUGAACUGACAGCAGCAUGGACAAUCCAAAGCAGAAAUUAAGGUCUGGAAAGGAGAUUUCAAAGUGUCAACCUAAGAAAAAGGUCAAUGAUACUGGUACAGAAGAUGUUUCAUCUGCACCUAAAGGUUUUAAAGCAUCUGAUGAUUCAGGGUGUAUGAAUAUUGUAGAAGAAAGUGAGCAUGCGGGGACAGCUACAGUAGAGGAACAUCCCAGAACCAUACAGUGUAAAGAACGUGGCUCUUCAGAAAUGACUGAUGCUUUGGUUUGUUCAUUUUGCAAUUUUGUUGCAAAAACUCAGACUGCACUGAAAAUUCACUCAACAAGAAAACACUCUCAGAAAGGAGGCUUACAAAAUGACACCGUCUCUGACACCAUUAUUGCACCAGGGUUAAAUCCGUUGCAGAAGACACCACAACAUCUUUCAGAUAUCCAACUGGAGAGUACUUCUAUAUCAGAGGAAGACAAGCAAUCAGAUACCUGCAUGGUUCAAACAGAGACUGAACAAACUCAUCAACUCCUUGUAGAUGAGGCUGUAAUAUCUGAGAAUUUUGUUGAUACUUCUGAGGAUGGAAGAAUCAGUCCCACUCAGAUGUUGCUGGAAAUAGUUGAGCCCACUUCAUGUAGAUGUCAGGAUGGUGAAGACACAAAUGAGACCUUUAAAGAUGGAGAUAAUAUGCAAGCUAGCUGCAGUUUUCAUGUGGAAAGUAAAGUGAAAAGCAAUCAAAAUGGUGGCAUUGAUGGACAUGCUGAGAAUCAUAAAAGUAAAAGGCAUUCAAAGCCUAAUACUCUACAUGCAUGUUCCUGUUGUGUACAUAAAGUCAUAGAUGGACACAGCCCAGACACGCAUAUUAAGAGGCAACAUAAUAAAAAACAAAAUAAAGUAUGCGAUUUCUGUAGCUAUUCUUGCGUUAUGAAGUGUGAUCAGGAGAAGCAGUGCAUGAGCAAUGAGCACAACCGAAAGAUGUUGGAGAAUCUGGAUUCAUUAAAGACCGAGAUGACACCUAAAGAAUCAGUUUUCCCACCAUCGACAACCGUGUUGACCCAUCCGACUGAAGGCAAGGCACAACAUCAAUGUGAUAGGUGCAACUUUACAGCUAACAACUCUGUAAUGUUAGCACAGCACAUUAAAAUGCACCAUCCAGUGGAGCACCGUUUCCACUGCAGGGCCUGUCAUUACUACACCACCACCAUAGAGGGCAUGGAGGUUCAUCUUUCAGAAGAAGUCCACCAACAGGUGGCCAAGGAGAAAAACAUUAGCCCUUUAUUUAAAGACUGUGUUGAAAAAAUCCUUGUGAUUCUGUCAGAUCAAAUGGAGGACAGAGAAAUAAAUGAGAGUGACACUCCUGAGCAGAGCUCCAAAGAAGCUGGGGAGAUUCAGGAAACAGAAAAUGUACUACCAGAGCCAGCUGAAACUGUAAGGAAAGGUUCUCCUCUCAAACGGAAGCGAGGUAGACCAAAGACAUCUGACGUGACUGUUUGUAGUCACUGUGGACUAGUUGCUUCCAAUGCCACCAACCUCAAUGUCCAUAUACGACGCAGGCACAGUCGGUUAUACAGCUUCGUUUGUAAGCUGUGUAGCUAUUACUGUGUGACCAAGGGGGACAUGGACCGCCACUGUGAAACUAAAAAACACAUUAACAGAAUGCAAGCAGCUGGAAGUGAAGGCAGUGGAGUAGUUCUGCUAGAUGAGCAGCCAAGUCAAGCAAAGAAAAAUGAUGCAGAAAUGGGUGACAAAGUAUCAUUGAUUGAGACACCUAUUGAUGAAGUGGAAAAAAAUGGCUCCAGUGUACCGUGUAAGAAAAGCAAGUAUGACCUGAGUAAUACCUGCACUCAGUGUGACUUUGUUGCUCACUCAACCCCAUCUCUUGCUCUCCAUGUGCGACGUAAGCACACAAAAGACUUUGAGUUUGUUUGUUUAGCAUGCAGCUACUACACUGUAACCCGCAGAGAGAUGUUUAGACACAUGGCAACAGAAAAACACAAGCAGAAACAUGAGAGUUACCUGAAAAAACAGAAUCAAAGAAUUAAUAAUGUUGAGGCUGCUAGGGCUGCUACAUUUGAAGACCCAGAGACAAUCACAGGAUCAGAAGUGGUCCAUGACAGUUCUAUUUUGACAUCUUCAAGUGCCAGAACUAAAGAUGAAGAGAAUUCAGCAAAGAUCGGUGAAGAGAAUUGUGCAAAUGAAGAUGGAGCAAACCAAUCUGCUGAGAAGAAUACUUACAAAGACAAUGAAGAAUCCUCAACUAAUCCAGCUGAAUCAAAUGUGUCUGACAUGGUCCAGUCACUGACGAUGGUGAAAGAUGUAAUGCUGGAGGAUAUGGAUGAAGAAAAUGUGUUUGAUGAAGAUGAAAUGACUGAUAUGGGAGAUGAAAGUCCCUCUAGUGAGAAACCCCUUAGAGCGAUACAGUUUGAUGCUUGCAUCUAUUCCUUAAAAACAUUAGCAGAGCGCAAGCAAGCAUCACAUGAAGAAGAACAAACUACAGGUGGAUUAAACCAGCAGAGCAUCAAAAAGCCUAAAACACUGGUUGGACCUGAGACCAAGACUAUCAAACCAAUUCCACGAAUCCGCUGUGAGGACUGUGGUUUUUUAGCAGAUGGUUUAAGUGGACUUAAUGUUCAUAUCUCCAUGAAGCAUCCAUCAAAGGAGAAGCAUUUCCAUUGCUGGCCCUGUGGAAAGUCCUUCUACACGGAGAGUAACCUACAGCAGCACUUAAGCAGUGCAGCACAUAUGCGAAAUGAGCAUGGAAGCACUGAAGACCUUCCAGAAGGAGGCGCCAGCUUUAAAUGUGUCCGAUGCAAUGAGCCCUGCCAAACUGAGCAGGAACUGUUUGUGCAUAUCAAAGAGAAACAUGAGGAACUGCUUAGAGAAGUGAACAAAUAUGUUCUGGAGGACACUGAGCAGAUAAACCGAGAACGGCAGGAAAACCAGGGCAAUGUGUGCAAGUACUGCGGCAAAGUAUGCAAGAGCAGCAACUCCAUGGCUUUCCUGGCUCACAUUCGCACACACACAGGAUCUAAACCGUUCAUGUGCAAGAUCUGUAACUUUGCUACCGCUCAGCUCGGUGAUGCCCGCAACCACGUUAAGAGACAUCUAGGCAUGAGGGAGUACAAGUGUCACAUCUGUGGAUGGGCAUUUGUGAUGAAGAAACAUCUCAACACUCAUCUGCUGGGGAAGCAUGGACUGGGCCAGCCCAAAGAGAGAAAGUUCGAGUGUGAGCUGUGUGAGCGGAGCUUCAGUGAGAAAUGGGCGCUGAAUAACCACAUGAAGCUGCACACAGGAGACAAACCGUACAAGUGUGAAUGGCCCUCAUGUCAUUAUGCUUUCCUGACUCUGUCUGCUAUGAAGGACCAUCACAGGACACACACAGGAGAGAAGUCUUUCCUGUGUGAUCUCUGCGGAUUUGCUGGUGGAACUCGUCAUGCCCUGACUAAACAUAGGCGCCAGCACACAGGUGAACGACCAUUCAAGUGUCAGCUGUGCAAUUUUGCCUCAACCACCCAGUCCCAUCUGACGCGCCACAAACGUGUGCAUACAGGCGAGAAGCCCUAUCGCUGCCCUUGGUGUGACUACAGAUCUAACUGUGCAGAGAAUAUCCGAAAACACAUCCUGCACACAGGCAAACAUGAAGGGGUGAAGAUGUAUAACUGUCCCAAGUGCAGCUAUGCCACCAAUGCCCCGAUGGACUUCAGAAAUCAUCUCAAAGAGACUCACCCUGACAUUGAGAACCCAGACCUGGCUUACCUACAUGCAGGAAUCGUGUCCAAGUCCUUCGAGUGUCGUCUGAAGGGACAAGGGGCGACCUUUGUCCAGGCAGACUCCACUUUCACCCCUGAGGAGGGUGAACUGGGUUCUGAGGCUGUUCAGCAGGUCAUCAUCAUUCAGGGCUACGGCGGGGGAGAGGUGACCAUCGAUCAGACCCUGGAGGAGUCGGCCGCUGCCACUCUACAGACCCUCGCUAUGUCUAGUCAGCUGGCUGGAGUCCUGCACAUCACGGAGGACGGGCAGCUCAUCACAUCUGGACAGGAAGUGUCCACAGUGACAGGAGGGCAGACCACUCAGUACGUCCUGGUGGAGUCUUCCGGAGAGACCGUAGGAGAAGUAAGACAGGAAGGGGAGGAGGCUGUGCACAGUGUGUCCGAGUCUUCCUCUGCUCUGGAUGCUUUGCUUUGUGCCGUGACAGAGUUGGGUCAGCACGGCUGCGCUGGAGAGGGAGAGAUCACCACCACCACAGUGUCCGAGCAUGUGCCAGAAGAGAAGUGUGAAGGCCGGAGCUCUCAGACGCAGGGACCAAGUGAAGAACAGGUGUACGAGGAGAGGGCAGAAGUGGUGGCUCAGGUGAUGAGCUCGAGUCACGAGCACACAUCUGAGGAAAUGCAGGAGGUGCUGCAGUUUGCUGCCAGUCAGCUGAUGAUGAAGGAGGGUCUCACUCAGGUUAUCGUCAAUGGCGAGGGGACACAUUACAUAGUCACACAGCUGGACGACUCUACCCUGCACGUCGAGGGCACUGUAGAGGACCCCUCCGGACAGGAGACGAUAGUUUACUCCCAAAUUAGUCCUGAAUGAGGUGAAGGUGAGAGGUUGAGAGUAGAUUUUCUUGAAUUUGAAAUCCAGUGUCAGGUGACUUUCUUUUUUUCUUCGGGUCAAAGUGAAACAUAUGUCAAAAGCAAGCUUUUUGGGAUCGAUUGCUGUGGUUUUUUGAUUGCUUAUUACAUAUUCAACAAAACAAUUAUGAAAUGAACUCUUUAUAUGUAAACAAUGCUUUAUAUCCUUUUACUAAAGACUAACCAAAAACCUAUUAAAAAAAUAUAAAUGUUAAGAUUACUAAUGAAAACCUUGAUAAACAUUCACCUUCUGUUUCAUGUCUGUAGUUUGGUUUUGAAAUUCAAAUAUUUGAAAUAUUUUAGUUUAGGAUUCAGGAUCGAAGACUUAACAAAACUCCAUUAAUUACCAUAAACUGCUUGAAUGAAAAAUGCAUAUUUAUAACCUGCUUGUGAUUUGUUUUUAUUAUUAUUUAGAUUUUUUUUUUAUGUGAACUUCUGAAUAUAUUUCCCAGUACAUUUACGAUCUAAAAGUUUCUUUUUGAGAGUUUGAGUCCUGUAAAUAAAGAACUGACCAGUUUGUUGGCACAUUUGUUUGUUUCAGGUAAAUUUUAGGUAUGUUAAAAAAAGACAUGGGUACUCGCAAUAAAACAUCUGGAACAGCUUUCAACACAUAUAUGAUUAAUGUGACAGCUGCAACUCACAAUACUGAGAAAAGGGGGAGAAAACAGCGGAUGUGUUUAUUAAGAUACAGAACAGUAGUAGUAUAUGUUUAGUGUCAGCUAGGCCUGGGGUAAAGCUGAAUGAACGUUGUUUUAAGGAAGCCUAAAUAGUUCAAUAUGAAGGACGUAGAAAUUGGUCUGGGUAAAUUAGCAUCUGUUUAAGAAGAUUAAGAAAUAUUUAAGAACGUGUAAAUGUUUUAUGUUGUUGAUAUUUUUGCUUUUCAUAUUAUGUUAUAAUAAAUAAUAAUAAACACAAUAUUUCCAUACAA